AUGAUUCGCAUGCGAUAUAAUAAUCCCAAAAAUAGCCGCACCCCUUACAUCAACCACCGAGAAAUCCCGUUAUCUGAGCUUCACAAGUUCACUCAUCAACUAAUAGAUAAAGUGGCCUUGGUAUAUGUGCAUUCUCGUACUGAAGAUGCUGACGUUGUCAAGACACUUGAUAUCCCCUAUUUUGAUAUCCCGUAUUACACGAGCAAACUGGAAGCGUCGGUAGGAUUCAAUUGA